AGAAGGCUGAGGUGGUGCCAGGACCAGGAGGGGAAGGUGGGCGGAAGGAAGAGCGGUCCUCCAGCAGCUGAGCCCCAGGGUGGGCCUAGAGCCUCUGGAUGGUAGUGCCCAGCAGGCAGCGCCCAGCAUUCCUGCUCCGGCCUCCCAGGGCCUGGGCAGCAGAACAGCAGGCAUGCACAUCCCAGAAAGCCUCCAGGACCUGGCCAACAGUGAAGCCGUGCAGUUUCUCAAGAGGCCAAAGACGAUCGCGCGGAGCUUUGCAGGGGUCUUCUCCCUCAUCGUCUUCUCCUCCCUGCUGACUGACGGCUACCAGAACAAGACCAACUCUUCGCAGCUCCACUGCGUCCUCAACAGCAACAACGCGGGCUGCAGCUUCGCUGUGGGUGCUGGCCUCCUGGCCUUCCUCAGCUGCCUGGCCUUCCUCGCCCUGGACGCCCAUGAGGGCCGCACCACCAGCAGCCACUUCAAGACGGCCUUCCAGCUCCUGGACUUCAUCCUGGCCGCCCUCUGGGCAGGCAUUUGGUUCGUGGGAUUCUGCUUCCUGGCCAACCAGUGGCAGCAUUCGCCGCCCAGACAGUUCCUCCUGGGGAGCAGCAGUGUCAAGGCCGCCAUCACCUUCGCUUUCUUCUCCAUCCUCGUCUGGAUACUCCAGGCCUACCUGGCCCUCCAGGACCUCCGAAAUGAUGCUCCAGUCCCCUACAAGCGCUCCCUGGACGACGGCGGCGUGGUGGUGACCUCUCUCUCCCCGCUGUCCGCCACCAGCCCUGUCAACACGCCCACCACCGGUCCCCACAGCCUGAGCUACACCAGCUCCGCCCUGUCCCCCCAUCUGACCACUCCGAAGGCUCCCCGCCUCACUAUAAUGCCCGACACCUAGACAGCCUCAUCCACACCAGUAAAGAGACUCCUCCCUCCAGAAGGGUUUC